CAUCACAACAUUAAGCAACAUAAAUUAGACAGAUAAAACUUGGUUAUAACGUAAACCUUAGCAAUGCCUAAACUCGUUAAUAAAGAUGCAGAACGGCUAAAUCCCUGUUUAAAGGAACAACAAAUGUCUUAUCAAUGCCUCGACAAGAACGCCUUCGAUCAGGAAAAAUGUCAAAAAUAUUUUGAUAACUACAAUACGUGUAAAAAGUUCUGGGGCAAAAUAUACAGCGACAGAAGAGCACGAGGUAUACAACCAUAUUUACCUAAUAUAGAGGACAGAGCUAAAAUAAAAGAAGACUACAUGAAUUCAGUGAAGAACCAAACAUAGUGUAAUAGCAAUAUAGUGAGAAGAAUUGUAUAAUUUUUAAAACU